AUGACCGAAGACCCGCCGCAAAAGCUGCCGGGCCAGAAGCUUGGGGAGUACACCGUUGUCGGGGAGAUUGCGGAGGGGACGUUCGGGAAGGUCAAGAUGGCCAUCCACACCGUGACCGGGCAGAAGGUCGCGAUGAAGUUUAUCUCCAAGCAGGCCAUUGCGAAGCACCGCACCAAGCCGAGGGUCCACCGCGAGGUCGAGUACAUGCGCGCGCUGCGGCAUCCGCACAUCAUCAAGCUGUACGAGGUCAUUCAGACGACGACGGACAUCAUCAUCGUGCUCGAGUACGCUGGGGGCGAGCUCUUCAACUACAUCGUCGCGAACGGGCGCAUGCACGAGAACCAAGCACGGCGGUUCUUCCAGCAGAUCGUCUCGGGGAUUGAAUACAGCCACCACCUCAAAAUCGUCCACCGCGACUUGAAGCCGGAGAAUGUGCUCCUCGACGACGACCUGAACGUGAAGAUCGCGGACUUCGGGCUGUCGAACGAGAUCAAGGACGGCGACUUCUUGAAGACCAGCUGUGGCAGCCCGAAUUAUGCCGCGCCAGAAGUCAUCCGUGGCGGGCUCUACACAGGGCCGGAGAUUGACGUAUGGAGUGCUGGGGUAAUAUUGUACGUCAUGCUCUGUGGCCGGUUACCGUUCGAGGACGACGACGUACAGACGUUGUUCACGAAGAUCAGUCAGGGUGUCUACCACCUCCCCUCCUACCUGUCACCCGACGCCAAGGGUCUUAUCAACGGCAUGCUCGCCGUCGACCCCGUCAAACGCAUAACCAUCCCGGAAAUCAUGCACCAUCCCUUCUUCACCACCGACCUUCCCGCCUAUCUCAGCCCGUUGCCGACUCAAGGGCCUGUCCUCGGCACUCUUUCGUCACUUGUCGCUCCCCCAAAGGCUCUCGAAUUCGAGUUCAUCGAGGGACUAGGCCGGAUUGAGGACGAGGUUGUGGAGGAACUGGCGGCACGCAUGGAAGGAGUGGACAAGGAGGACGUAUGGGACGGCUUGCGCAGGGACGAUGGACCUGGAGGCAACUCGGUGCGAGUAGCCUACAUGCUCCUCCGAGACAAGCGGCGGGCCGGUCGAAGUUUGGCAGAGUACGAACAAGAGGAACGGGAUGCUAAGCUUGCUGCCAUGGACCCUCGUCACCCCCUCUCGCCAAACGCUAUCACUCCGGGCGGCACGGAUAUGGAGGAGAAUCCCUUCGACUCGGAGUUCAACGACUAUGAAGACGACGACGAUGAAGACUUUGAAUUCUCCACGCCGCAGAACGAGCAAAGCGAUGUGGAUCCAGCGGAAGUCAACAACUUCGCCGUUCUCAACUCCUCUCUCCCCGACCAACUUCCCGAACCGCAUCAUCUGCAGUCAUACGCGAGCGCGAAGCGCGCCGUCCCGGUGAAGGAGAAGAAGCAGCAUCGAACCAAGUGGCAUUUCGGCAUUCGCAGCAGAUCGCCGCCGAUGGAGGUGAUGCUCGAAAUCUACCGGACGCUGAAGGCGCUGGGGAUGGAGUGGAAGGAGAAGAACGACCUCGGUGGACUGGGCGCGAAGGCACUGGCGAAGGAGCGACGAGGGGGUACGAAGAUCGAGCGAGCGCGCGAGUACGACGACUACGUCGACCUCCGUGCAGCGUCGGCCAUCUACUUCAUCGAGACGCGGGCGCGUGUGCAGGACGUCGUGGUGCUCAUGAACCUGCAACUGUACAUGGUGGACUCGAUCAAUUACCUCGUCGACUUCCACCACAAGAAGACGUACAAGGCGUCGAUCGAACCCGGCGCGGGGAAGUUCGAGAUGGCGCACCCGGACUACAACCUCUCGGAGACGGCAUCAGAGUCCAGCCGGUCGAUCAAAGACUUCAACAUGCGGGACGAAGAAGUCGUGUCACCGUUCAUUUUCAUGGACGUCGCGUGCCGGCUGAUCCUGGAGCUCGCCGGCGGUGGAGGUGAAUAG